AGUCUCUUUUUUGUGUUGGUAUUGACUGUAGGUAAUUUUGUUCUGCAACUCGCUGUAAAGCUGGAAGCCGUGCAGGUGACAGAAACAGUUCCGUAAGCACCAUGCGGAGGGGCAGCGGUGAACUUUCGGAUGUCAGCGGUGACGAGGUGGUGGUCGCACCGCCGUCCUCACAUUCCGAUCCGUUUUAGCGUCUCCGUAGUGGCCUUGCAGCGCCGGUGUCGCCGCCCUCGCUCAAACGCACUCCCGCUGCGCACAACAGAUGCUCCGCAAGAGGACGCAUUUGCUACGCGAAGCUUGUCACCAUGGCAGUUACUUUUUUAAUUAUGAUAUGCAUCCUUCAUAACUCGUUUGGAAGCACCAUCACAGUUUGAAACGUAAAGAUUGUGCCCGUGCAGCCCGUGCAGGUGGAGUCAGGGAAGGCGGAACCCCUCUGCUCUUAUUAUGCCGCUCGUCGGGAAGCCGCUGAGCAGCGGCACAGGAGUAGAGCUGUUGCGUGAGCUGCUGUUGGCGGAGGCGGUGACGGUGGUGGCGCACGCGGUGGAAGACGGCGGUGCGAUUUACGGCACGGAGCCGGCAGAGACGCUGGAGGUGCUGGUGGACGCCGGUCUGCGGACGCGCGGCGGGGGUGCGGGGACGCACUUGGUGGUGCUGCCGUCCUUCUUGAGCGCGUCGAGGAUGGCGUACACGGAGCCGGACGAUGCGUCGGAGGCGCGGCGCGCGGGAACGGGGCUGUUGGAUGCGCUGCUGCGGACGGCGACGACGCGCAACGGCGGUCGUGUGGCGGCGGCGCAGUGCACCAUCCUGGCGACGGCGGAGCAGCCCGGCUCGCCUUCCCUCUUUCCGCCCGGCUCGGUACCAGCGGAGCUGUCGCGGCACGAUCUGCAACGCCUGCUGGUGCUGGAAAAGGCGGCCAUUGUGGGGAGCACCAACGAUGACAUGAUGCUGCUGCCUUUUCUGGUGCGGCGGUUUAGUGGGUACCUCGCCACGGAUCAACGCGCCUCGUGGGAGGAGGUGGUGGACGCGGUGUCGCUGAACUGCGGUAUUUAUCUACCAUCCCCUUUUGUGGCACCACACUUUUUCACCGCUAGGCAGCUCUCAGCAACUGGGACUAGAUAA